AAAUAGAAAUCACACAAUAAAAAAGUAUCCCAGAAAAAUGUAACUAUUAAACAUAAAUGCUUGUCUACAGUGCAUUUAGUACAUGUAUAAAAUACACAGGACUAGGCCUACAUGUAACUGGAUUUCUUGAUCUCAUUUAAAUACUAUCUAAAAUCAGGUUGACAUUUGAGUUAGAAUGUGAAAUUUUUUUUAUCCAUUUACCAGGUCCAGAAAUGAAGUCUCGCCAACAUCUGUUGAGGACCUUUUUACUUUCUCUCUUCUACCCUUUCCUAAUGUUUCCUCUGUUGCAAAGAGGGGUAAACUGUCAAAGUCACAGCCAUUUUCAAUUUUUUUUCUCAAGUCAAUUAAGGGCUGACGCUCUCCUAAAAAAAAAAAAAAAAAAGACAUUCAGUGCAGUUUUGUUUAUUCCAUUAUUAUAAAUGUUUUUUUUUUCAUAAGUUUUUAUAUUUUAAUUAUUGAGCUUCAAUGAUAGCUUAAUACAUUUGUCUAUUCACAAAGGAUUGUACGUUAACUGGUUGGAGUGAGACUUUAAUGAUAGCCUACGAUUAAUCAGUCUCACUUUGAAAUUAAUAUCUUUCCAACGCAAUAAAAUGGAUCCCAUAAAUGGUCAGUUUACUUCUGGUAACUGUAUAACUAAAACAUGACAGUGAAUGUAUCACCUCCAAAAAAACAACAUUGUUUUGUCUUUCAAUCAGACUCGAGGUCUGUGUUGAUCAGUCCUCGCGAGGCUGCGCUCGUGCUUUAAUUGCGCACCUGCGCGUGCGCUACAAAUCAGUACGUUAGCAGCGUUUCCCCCUAUUUUCUCAACUGUGUUUGAAUAAAAGAUAAAUAAAAGUAUUUGUACAGCUCUCUAAAUUAAAUAACCAAAGAUAAGAGGAAAUUAUAGCCUACUCACCACUAAACUGGAUGACUCGACAAGGCCAACGCUGCAGCUCGCCUGACGAAGUUUUCUUCCAGUAAACAUAUGCUUCCUCAUCUUUGUUCCACUUGUGAAUGGCCUCGGGGUGUAGUUUUGACAUAUUUUUGUGUUUUAUUUGUGAAAGUUCACAUAUAUGAACGGUGUUGUCUGUGAAAAAAUCUACCAAAACGUAUUUUAUGUCCAUCCUGAGCGAACGUAGGACGCUGACUGACAGUUUGCUCAUCAAGUAUCAGUUGCUCUCGAGACUCGUUGUCAGGGCAACGAACGCGCGAAGAAGAUCUAGUCACGCGCGUGCUAAUUAUCUAUGAGGGUGAAAUGUCCGACAGGCGAAAAAAAUACAAAUCUUUUUUAGAAGAUGACUAUAUUCACAAGAAAAAAAAUCCCAGAAGAAACAAGUAUAAAAUAUUUCUGGAAGAUGAUGAAGAAGAACCCCACAGAAGCACAAGUGUGCGGAGAAAUAGGGAAGGUGAUGUUGCAAGCCUGUCACCUCAGGUAAAAUAAAUCAAGUCAAAGUUCAAUUAAAUAAAUACAUCUUAGCCAAUAUAACCUCUAAUUCAGUUCCCUUAAUAUUAUUUAACAGUAUUUUUAAUUAUUAUUCAUUAUAAUAAUACACAUUUUGCAAUACAUGGAGACAUUACACAACUGGCUUAAAGGUAAUUUAGUUUUUUACUUUAGACACACACAGAGAACCGAGUUGAUGCUGAGUCUGAGGAAGACACACAACUGCUCUGCAGAGAAGAGGCAGCUAGGCAACUCACUGAGCCAGAUGACAUAUCAGGUGGUGAUAUAGAAGACGAAGAGCAAAACACACAUUGGUUGAGCAAUGAAGAGCAAAGCAGUUCCAAUCUUGAGGAUGGAAAUAUCAGAACCACCACUUGUGUCAUUGAUGGAGACCAGCCUUUGUAUCCUGGAGCCAAACUUUCAAAAGGGGAAAGUCUAACUGCACUUCUGGGCUACAUGCUACGCCACCAUGUGACCAAAGCAGGAAGUCAAGAUUUACUGCAUCUGUUGCAGAUGCUUCUCCCUGAAAAUAGUUUACCCUCCACCAACUACCUGUUCAAGCGUACUUUUGACACAGCCAGCUGGCAGUUACAUCACUAUUGUCUGAAUCCUGACUGUGGGGCUUACAUUGGCAUAUUAGAUGUCGAAAGUGUACUAUGUCCAAUGUGUGAUACAGAAUGCAAAGUAUCAGAACAUCUGAGUAAAGGCUAUUAUUUUAUGUACACCCCCUUGAGAGAUGAAAUUAAAAAUCUUUUUGAAAAUCACAAACUAAAUGAAAAACUAUCACAGACAAACAACUCUGAUUGCAUCCAAGAUAUCAGUGAUGGUACACUGUAUAAGAGAAUUCCAAUGCUGACAGAGCAGGGAAAUAUAUCUUUGACAUGGAAUACAGAUGGUGUCCCAGUGUUUAACUCUUCAAGCUAUUCAAUGUGGCCAAUUCAGUGUACCAUAAAUGAAGUCCCUCCUUCUGAACGAAAAAACUUUGUGUUGGUGCCUGCACUCUGGUUUGGGCAAACCAAGCCAAAAAUGGAAAGCUUUCUUAAACCAUUCAUUGAAGAGUGCAGAUCUUUAGAAUCUGAGGGUGUUGUGUGGCACAACACUUUGACAAAAACUUACGAAUGUUCAAAAGUUGCUGCAAUUCUAUGCAGUGUUGACUCUGUUGCAAGGGCUCCAGUGCAGAAUAUCAACCAGUUUAAUGGGGCACAUGGCUGUAAUUUUUGCACUCAUUCUGGAGAGAGAGUGGAAAAGGGUGAUGGGUUUACCAGGGUCUACCCACUCUCAGUACCCAUUCCAAGUCUGAGAACACAUGAAGGCAUGAUCCAUGAUGCAGAACUGGCCUCUGUAAAUAACCCAGUCAAUGGUGUUAAAGGACCAAGUCUUUUAACCACAUUACAGUGUUUUGACAUGGCAGAAAGUUUUGUUCCAGACUAUUUACAUAGUGUACUUCUUGGAGUAGUGCGGCAAAUAACAGGCUUGUGGUUUGACAACAAAGUGCCAGAAGUAAACGUCAAAAAUCCAUGUGUCUUGAAAGAGAUAGACAAACGUUUGAAAUCAGUCAGGCCACCUAGCGAGAUAACCCGUCUGCCACGAUCUGUAAAAGAACGGCAAAAAUGGAAAGGAAGUGAGUGGAGAACAUUUCUUUUAAUCUCUCCAUUUAUACUGAUGGGUUUAAUCCCGACACAGUAUUUCCACCACUGGAUGCUACUAGCCUUUGCAGUUUAUCUGCUAACUAGUUCACAUAUUUCACAUGUGAACAUCGACAAGGCUCAUAUGGCUCUUUGUGAGUUUGUACUUCUAACCGAGUCUCUGUAUGGAAAGCAAGAAGUGUCUUACAACAUUCAUCUCCUCACCCACUUAGCUGAGAGUGUCAGAAGACAUGGACCUUUGUCCUUGACGUCAACAUUCGUCUUUGAAGGACAUAAUGGUAGACUGCUCAAACUUUUCAAUGGAACACAACAUUUACCAUUGCAAAUAGCUCAAAAUCUAGCAAGACUAAAGGAGCUAAAAAGAUUAACUAGAAUUUACAUUGCAGAAGACUCCCUGGCACAUGAAUAUGUUUCAUCAGCACUUCGGGGUUAUUCCUUGUGCAAAAACGUUGCACAGGUCAGUAGCUGCAAUUUUUUUGGUCAUGGUCAGGUGAAGGAGCUACCAAUGUCUCAGCACAUCCUACUACAGGAUUCUGGAAUUCAUACAGAACAAAAUCAAGCCACCUACUUUCAGAGGUUUGUUUGUGAUGGGACACUCUACUCCACUGAUCAGUAUGACUCAAAAUACUCCAGAUGUAAUUCUUUGGUAACCAUUGGCCAACAGGUUGCAAAAAUUGAACACAUCAUUGUUGUUCAAACACAGGCCACCCCCAGACAACCAGUUUUACUGGUAAGGUUAACAAAUCAAAUUCAAGCCUUUCACAAAAAGCGAACAGAGUAUGUUUGCAUGGAUUCUCACAUACUUAAUGUCACAUUCUGUGCAGGCUACAAGGCAGUACUUCCAUCUGAAGUAACAAACAAAUGUAUAGAAAUUGUAAAAAGACCAGAUGGGCUUGUCAUUUUGCCCCUACCAAACACAUAUGAAAGAGAUUAAAAAAUAAGCAGAAUUUGAUUUACUGUAGUAUCUCAGUGUACUAUGUGAGGAGGAGAAAAUUAAUGCUUUGAGAAAAGAAUGUUUACGGAUUAAUCAUUAGUACAAAUUUAGUAAAAUUGCAAUUGUGUAUGCUUACCCAUCAAUUCAUUAGAAUAACUCAAUAUAAAUAUAUUUCUUGUAUUAACUGCAUGUUUCAAUCUCAGAAUGUGACAAAUGAUAUGUAUAUAUGUAUAAAAAGUACA